AUGCACACAGAAGUGUGCUGUUCAUAUGAUACUCUCUGCUCUCCACCCCCACUUGUGUGUGUGGCAGUGGGGGUGCUGAAGAAGACCACUGGCCUCAUGGGAUUGGCUGUAUGUGACAUUCCACACGAGGAACCAGAUGUUAAGAAAUUAGAAGACCAACGUCAGGGUGGCCAAAUAGAAGAGGUGAUUCUUCAGGCUGAAAAUGAACUAAGUCUGGCGAGAAAAAUGAUGCAAUGGAAACCUUGGGAGCCGUUAGUGGAAGAGCCUCCUGCCAAUCAGUGGAAAUGGCCAAUAUAAUCAUUAAAUGACUUUGGUGGGUUGAUGGGAAACUGAUGUAAUUAAACAUUCUGUUAUAUUAAAAA